AAAUCCCAAUCCAAUUGGUCGGUCACAUUCCCGACAUGCACAGCGUGUCACUAUAUAAUUCCCCAAACCCACCCCAAAACGAUCUAAUAUACGAGUAGGAGACUUCUGAACAGCGACGUCAACUACUUAUACAAGUUCUUUCACGUUGUUCAUCAACAUUCCCAAAUACUUCGAAAUCACGAAAUUAAACAUUCGCCGCAAAAUUCACGAACGAUUCUCCAUCGGUUGAACUCCUACUCAGAUUCACAAAGGUUUAAGGAAUUCAAUUUUCUGUUCUUCGAUUUUAGCUGAAAAAAAAGGAAGUAGUUUUGAUAAAUAAAUCAUCGACAAAAUGUUUUCAAAAAUGUUCGGAAAGCCUGCUCAACAGGCGGAUCCUCUGGCAUCGUUAGAGAAAUUAAAUGAGACUCUUGAAAUGCUAGAGAAGAAAGAGAACGUCUUCUUGAAAAAGGCUGCUGCAGAAGUUGAAAAGGCAAAGGCGUUCACUAGAGCGAAAAAUAAGAGAGCUGCAAUACAAUGUUUGAAAAGGAAAAAACUUUACGAGCAACAAAUUGAACAGCUUGGUAAUUCCCAGUUGCGCAUUCAUGAUCAGAUGAUAAUGAUUGAAGGGGCAAAAGCGACAACAGAAACUGUUGAUGCUUUGAGAACUGGAGCAGCUGCUAUGAAAGCUAUGCAGAAGGCCACUAAUAUCGAUGACGUGGACAAAACGAUGGAUGAGAUUAAUGAGCAGACCGAAAAUAUGAAACUAAUUCAAGAAGCACUGUCUUCUCCUCUUGGUUCUGUAGCUGAUUUUGACGAUGAUGAAUUGGAGGCAGAACUUGAUGAACUUGAGGGAGCUGAACUGGAGGAACAACUUCUGCGACCUACACCACAUUCUCCUGUUCGAGUGCCUGGCGGAAGGCAACCAUUAACACAGAUUGAUGAGGAGGAGGAAGAACUUGCUCAACUGCAGAGGGAAAUGGCAAUGGCACUUUGAGGAGUUACCAAAUCUCAAGGCCAAAGGACCUGUAAAAACAAAGUACUGUUAUAUAUUAUGGAGAUCAUGGUUUUGAGCCUGCUACUACUGGUUCUGUAUAUAGAUGACAUGGAAUGGUUUGUUUUUAUUCUUCAAUUUUCAUGCAUAAAUUGUGUGCUUCCGUGUUUUUUUUUUUUUUUUUAAUUUACCCUAAAUAUAUUUUGCAUUCUUUUGGGACCGAUAGUCCCGAUUAAGCAAAUCUUAUUUUCGAGCACUGCAAAUCUGCAGUUGUGGAUUGAUGAUAUCAACUAGGCCAUGUUUGAUAUGUUUGAUUGGCUUUUUGUUUAAUCUAUUAAUUAGUGCUAAUUUUUCUUUUCAUAGUAUGGUUCAA